CCCCGGUCUCAAUCCCCGAAACCAAAAACCCCAACCGAUUCGCUCUCCCUCCCCUGUUCCGACCUACAGCAUGCCCCACAGCAGUCGCAAAAAGACCCCUCAUCACCAACACAAGCGACUCCAAGUCACCGACGACAGCGGCUGGACGCACGUUAGCACGAGCGGGAAAACUGCGCGACAAGUUCUCCGUACCACCGCAGCCCACCAACAAGACGACCCGGCGCAACCGGGAUCUUUCGUCCCCGCAGAGGCGCCGUCCAAACUGACCGCGGAGGACCUGGGACGGCAAUUCGAAAGCUAUCGCCGGCGGUGGGAGACCUCGGACGCUUGUCAAGUGGUGAGGGAGGCGUUACGCGCGCACACGACGCCCGCCGCCGUCGCCGCUCAGGAUGCGAUCGUGUGCAUUGGAUUGGGAAGCCCGAGUGGGUUUCUGCGAGGGGGGUGGGUGGAUCGGAGGAGCGUGUCGAUGUAUCAGCUUGCUGGGUUGGUGAGCGUGGUGGAUUGGAUGAAACAGACGAAUCCAAACGUCAGCGUCUACGCUCAAGACCCCGUGUUCAACGAGCUCGACAAAUCUCUUCUCUCCUCCCUCGGCGUUGUCGUCCUCGAGCACCCUCAUGCCUUCGAAAAGGUUACCCCCGCUACCUUCCUCUACUGUCCUGGCGCGGAGCAAGCGCAUCUGUCGCAGUUACUAGCCCUAAAUCCAGGCUUCCUUUUCGGAGGCCCGUUGGAGGACAACGAUUCCGAAGUGGUCAGACAGUUUGUCGGAGCGAGAGGAUCGGUGCGACUGCCCCGGUUUCAGGAACAUGAACAUGCUUUUUGGAAUAUGCGGAUUUACUAUCCCGAGGACACAGAAGAGGAUGACGACUAGAACCUGUCAUAACGAUGGUAACUGGAGCUAGAGAUGCUCCAGCCUAUCGAUGUGUUUAAUGCAUCAUGAAACCGAAUGGCCGGACCAUGGUGCGGGGAAUACUGGUUGGGAAAAGAAAUUGGGCUCAGUAAUAAGUGCGCAAUAUAAAACCACCAUCAACAAUCAUGUGAAAAAGAAAAGAAGACCUGCAACCCAGAUUGCGACCGAACAAAUUGCCCUAUUAUUAGAAUACAAUCCAA